AUGGAGAAAAUAGUAGGAGAAGCCCUUGAACUUCUGGAGACGAUCACUUAUCACAACUAUGAGUGGUCGAAUGAAAAGGGAGAUACAAGAAGAAUAGCAAAGAUCCUGGAAUUUGAUGCCCUAAGCAUGAUAAAUUCUCAGUUUGACCAGCUCACCAAAAGGCUUGAUAGAAUGCAAGCCAAUGUUAUAAGGAUGAAAGCACUUUCUCAGAUGCCAUCCUAUGUUAAGUUCCUUAAAGAAAUUCUUUCAAAGAAAAAAAGGUUGGAAGACUAUGAGACUAUUACUCUUAUAGAGGAAUGCAGUGCCAUAUUGCAAAACAAGCUGCCACCAAAGCUCGAGGAUCCAGGAAGCUUCUCCAUACCUUGUCUUAUUGGCAACAUGAAUAUAGACAAGGCACUCUAUGAUCUAGGUGCAAGUAUGAGUCUGAUGCCUCUAUCAAUAUGUCAAAAGCUGGAUGUAGGAGAGCUCAAACCCACAACAAUUUCAGUGCAAUUGGUUGAUCAGUCUGUCAAGUACCCGAUUGGCAUCCUAGAAAACAUUCCCAUCAAGGUAGGAAAAUUCUUCAUUCCUAUUGAUUUUGUUGUCCUGGAGAUGGAAGAUGAUAUCUAA